AACGCUAUCAAACAGUUGUCUUCCAACUGUAAGAUUAUUCGGGCGAACCGGCAAACGCACAAAAGAGACGCGUUUCCUGCUUGGAUCCAGACGCGUCGUGAGGUGUUGAGUGAUUUUCCUGCUAUUUUUUUUCGUUUGCUUCAUCGACUUGAGGAAACGCUUAGUGUUAAUGUGAGAGGCAGAAUGACGCUAGAGCUGAGCUGCCACAAUCCGAUGCCGCUGGACUUUAGCAGCCAGAGGGAGAACAGCCGGAGUCCGGAGCUGAAUGUCGCUGACUCAGCGCCGGGAAGUCCGGUGCCGACGGAAAAUGGAGGCAGCAGCGCUUUUACCAUUGUCACUCCCUCAGGACGGGCGAAAAAUUAUGAGCGCAGUUCGGCAUCGCCGCCCCAGUUUCACACCACCCCCGGCUUUCAGAGCUACUGUCGCUCCCUUUGGGGGGCGACGACGUUGCCGAUGCCACGCUACCUUUCCACGCUUGCGCAAGCCGCCACUGAGUCCUCCAAAAACAAGUCGCCAGAACCGAUCUCGUUCGGCGUCAAUCGGCUGGUGUCGAAGUCCGACGACGAGGAGGAGCCGACCAAUAACAACAACAACAACAACUCGCAGUACAGAGAAGAGGGGGUGAGCUACUUUAGCGGGGACGAACGAACUUCCCCGAGGAACGACAGCACGUGGGGACAGUCGCCCAGUCGGCCCUCUAGCGGCACCAGCCCGGAACUUGAAGUGGACUCGCCUGCGCAUUCCAGAACCAAUUCCCCUUCCCUUAGGGACUCGCCACGGCCCUCCUCAGUGACCGACUUGCAAAAAGAGGACUCGCCCAGCAGCAAAAAGAGCGAGUCCUUCUCAGUAAGCGCCUUGCUGCGCCCGGACAACCCGAAAAAGCACUCCAAAUCCACGCCCUGCUACCAGGAGACCAUCUCAGUGACUCGUUCCUACCUCUACCCGCCGUUCGUUGACUUCAUGAAGGAUGCGCAGUCGUUGCAGCGCGGUGCGCAGGAGUACAGCCCCUCCUUCCUGCCGCGCGGCUUUGUGCAUCCCUCCUUCUUCCCGCCCAGCCUCUACCAGCCGAAGGAGGGCGAGGAGCGCAGCUUCCUGCCCACCCCCACCUCUCUGUACUUUAGCGCAGUGGCGGCGGCGAUGGCCAGUGGCGGACAGUCGGCCUCCCAGUACCCCCCCACGCCAUCUGCCGAAGAUCUCUAUCGGCUGAAGCACCACUUUAUGAACAACCCGAAUGGGAUCCACCCGCACCACCAUCAUCUGCUGAUGCGGCCUGGGAUGAUGCCCAUUGGGGACGUUUACUCCUGCAUUAAGUGCGAGAAGAUGUUCUCCACGCCCCAUGGGCUGGAGGUGCAUGCACGCCGGUCGCAUAAUGGGAAGCGGCCCUUUGCUUGCGAGCUUUGCAACAAGACUUUCGGACAUGAGAUCAGCUUGAGCCAACACAGAGCUGUUCACAAUGUCGAGAAAAUCUUCGAGUGCAAGCAAUGCGGCAAAACCUUCAAGCGAUCCUCGACUCUAUCGACGCACUUGCUCAUCCACUCGGACACGCGGCCUUACCCGUGCCAGUACUGCGGUAAGCGCUUCCAUCAGAAGUCGGACAUGAAGAAGCACACGUACAUCCAUACGGGCGAGAAGCCGCACAAGUGCACAGUGUGCGGAAAAGCCUUCAGCCAAUCGAGCAACUUGAUCACGCACUCCAGAAAGCACACGGGGUUCAAACCGUUUGCUUGCGACCUGUGCGGGCGCGCUUUCCAGCGCAAAGUGGACCUGCGCCGGCACAAAGAAACUCAGCACACCGAGCUGAGGCCCAUUGUCACAUAGUGCGCGGCGCACAACGGCCUGGAGGCGCCCGAGCCCCGCUAUUCGAAUGCCUGCUGGACGAACUAGCCAGGCCUACUUCUACCACUUCGACCGUAUAUCUGUGAUUUGGGCGUUGCCGGACACCCUGUAUAUAAUAGUGUGAGUGCCUGCCGAACGACUGCUAGAUAAGCCAAAGAAAGAGUGUUGUUUGCCUCGUCUACCGCGUGGCCUGGAUGGGGCCCUGCGGUAUUUCCAACCCCCCCUGUACACAUGAAACCGAGGCAUCAACAGCGCCGUGUACAAUAAUGUUAAUAAAUUAUUCCUCUCUCUCUCUUUCUCGCGUUUUCCUCCUUUCUCUCUCUCUCUUGUAACAUAAUGUACACUAGAACCCAUAUAGGACACGCCCACAUAAGUUGGGCCUAUUAUUGUAUAUGUAGACUGGUUUUGUGCAAUUAUGGAUGUGCAAUGCGAAAGCCCCCUCCCUCAUUUACCACCUAAUACAUAUCACCGUUUGUAGGUAAUGUUGCGUUUCACUGAUUUCUUAAUCGUUCACCCUGUAUAUGUCUAGGAAAUGUACGAACAACCACGCAAAUGUGUUGAAACUCUGGCAAAUAAAGUCGUAUUCGAUAAAUGAAA